CAUUGAUCUGUAUAAUAGCGUUGGGGGGCUAAAUUUUGACGGCAUUUAGCAAAUUAACGUCGAGCUCGUCAGGUGGCUGCCUGCAAUCGGGAUUUUUCUGUGGCCAAAUUUUCGCGUGAACGUGUGUGUCUGUGCGUGUGGCCGCCCACUAUUGGGUUCUAGAAUCGAUUCCGGGAAGGACGUGACAGGAAUACCGAUUUGACGAUUCUAAAAAGGAAGGCAUUUCCGGCGAUUACCUGUUGUUUUUACGGUCGUGUUACCCCUCGAAAAAAAAAGGGAAAAUCGAAAAAUAAAGUGGCUUUGAAGACAUCUGGAAAACGCAGAGGAAAAAGGGAUUUUCCCGCCCUGACAUGAGAGUUUUUUAACAGUGUGAGUGAGGCUAAAAAACGUGGAUCCCUUCCGAGAAGUGCGAAAUAUCGAACGAAAACAAAUAAAGCAAAACCUGGCGACACACGAAUCCAGAGCGCAAAAAACAGGUCUAGCAAAGUGUAUUUGGAUUAGAGGAAAAGCACCCCUCGUCGGAGAAUAAAAAAGUUCUUGCGGAAAGCUACUAGUGUGCAAGUGUGAGAGUUUAGCUGUGCAUUUGUGGGUGUUUUUCUUGGAAGAAGGCACUCAAGCUAGAACAACGACGACGACGAAGUCUACGGAAAAAAGGAGACACACGUCGAGUGGAUAAAUUUUGCAAUUCGAAAAUGCUGCGCCCGUCAGCAUUGCUCGUAUGCGCCCUGGUGCUCACGACGGCUACGCAAGCAGUCGUCAACAGUGAAGCCCAACGUCGCGAGGCACCCCUGGCCAUAGCCGACACGUACGGAGUGCCACCCUCCUCAUCGGGAGCGCUCUCCUCGCCCGAGCUGCCCACUCCGAUCUACGGAGCGCCGGCAGCCGGACACUAUCCGCCACCCCCACCGGACGUUCCGCCGCCACCUUCCGGUCCGAUAGUGCCCCACAAGGAGUACGGCGUCCCGGUGCAACACUUUGGACCACCGAAGAUCAACAUCGAGUACGGUCCACCGGCGGCCCCCGCACGACCCGCCUACCAUCCACCGCCAAGACCCGCGUACGGACCACCCCCGCAGGUCCACCACCAGCAGCAUCACCAGCAGCAGCAGCAGCACUUCUCGCACGGGCCACCACCGAGGAAGCCGCAGCAGCAUCAGUCGUCCUUCCUGGAGUCACUCUUCUCGACGUUCGGAUUCGGAGGCGGUGAGGAACAUCACCAUCACCAGCAGCAGCAGUCGUUCUCGCACCACGGACCAAGUCCCCACUAUGGACCUCCGCAGGCGCCAAAGCCCGUCUACGGACCACCGCAGCAUCAGCAGUCGUUCCCGAAACCAUCCUACGGCGUCCCAUCGUUCCCGGCCCCAGCCCCCAAGCCCGCCUACGGCCCACCUCCAAAGCCCGUUUAUGGACCCCCUCUGUCGGCUCCUAAACCCGUCUACGGCCCCCCCAAACCCAUCUUCACCGCCCAGCAGUCCUUCGGCCACCACUCGUCAGUGCACGUCCCUCCAACCCCACCAGAGAUCAAGUGCGACGGAUGGAAACCGAUUGCCGGACCAGUUGUCCAAAGCCACCAGCACCAGCAGCACCAGGAGAUUCACCACGAGUUCCACCACGAGCUUCAGCACCAGGAAGUGCACUCGCCGGAAUCGUCGUACGGACCCCCACCGAGUGGGGACUUUUUGGCCGGAGGAAACCAACUGCUAGCCGGGGGUGAUCUGGGACUGCAACUGCCCCGCGUCGAGCCGGGACCAUCGUUCAGCAGCAGCGGAUCGGGAAGUGCGGAGCAGCUUCACGGCUCGUUGGAACUGUCCAAGGGAAACAGUUUUGAGGUUCACUCCAACUUCAUCUCUGACUCUUACGGCGCUCCCCCGGCGGACUCGUACGCCCCAGGCCACUAUAAGCCAACGUUCGUGAAGCCCCUGCCACCACCUCCGCCAAAGAUCCAGUUCCCGCCUUCCCCGCUGUACGGCGCUCCCCACCACCGCCCAUCGAUUUCCUCCUACCCUGGGCUGGGCAUCUCCCACGGCAGCAUCAGCGGAAACCUGAAGCCCUGGUCCGGCCCGAUUGCUCCCCCACGUCAACCGAUCGCGUACCGUCCUCCGGUCCCGCAGGGACUGAUCGAGUCGAUUGGACACACCGUUGAACAGCUGGACAAUUUUGGUUCGAAGCCGCACUACUCCGGCGAUGUUUACCUGCCACCUCCAACGAGCGACGUCGCGACCGCCCUGCCAGCGCUCGAGCUGAACACGCUGCCGUCGGAUAAACCGGCACAGCCGUUCCUGACCCAGCAUCAACUUCCGGAGGCGCAGCAUCAGGUUCAGGAACCCCGGUACCACCAACAGCAGAGCGAAAUCGUGUCCCUGGCGACCGACUGCGGCCACGGUCCGCAGGACUUUGGCGCGACCUCUUCCGGAUCCUUCAGCAGCAGUGACGUGUCCAACAGCCUCGACAGCAGCUACGGCCCACCAGCUUCCGGCGAGUACCGCACCGGUCACCAGCUUCACCAGUCCAGCGAGCACCAGCACCAGCUGUCGAACCUUCCGGGACUGGACGGCGGAAUCAGCGGUCUCGAGCUAGUGUCCGCGCAAAAGUCGCAAAGCUUGACGAUCCCCGUCACCGGUCAGCACGGCACCUACCAGUUGCAGUUCCAGUCAGCGGAUCCGCUCGGAUCCGGUCAUGGUAGCGGAUCGGCACCGCACGAGCAGAUUCUGUCCGAGGGACUGCUCCAGUCGAUUCUGUCGGCGAUUGAGCAGCCCCAGCAGGGUGGCUUCCACCAGGACGAGCAGUCGUACGAUCCGAACAUUGACCACAGCGAGGUGUCGGUGUUUCUGAAGAGCGCCGAAGGCCAGAAGACGCUGGCAGAUCAUCCGCACAAGCGAUAACCGAGUCGGAGUGAGAUUUGAGUGAGUGUGAGUGGGUGAAUGCGCGAUUGAUGGUGGAUAUUUUUUAGCGUGUAAGUACGGAGCGUGCCGUGGAGUUGCGGAAGUGAGUUCUCUACCUCCGAGCGCCGAUUUUUAAUUUAUUUUCAUCCUCCCCCAUUUUGCGUGAAAAAGAAGAAGAGAGGGUUGCGUGAGUGAGAAGUGCGACACUCAGUUGGGUUAAAGAGUUGAAUUGAAAUUUUCGUAAGGCAAUCAAAUAUUUAAAAUGGUCUGACAGAAUUUCAAACUUCACUUCGAAAUUAAAAAAAAAAUAUAUGAAGCUUCAUUUUUAUUUGAGUCACCUAAAACUUUUCAAACAAUUAUCUUGGCAUUAACAAACAAAUCUUUCUUUCGUUUUUCCGAUAUCUCAUUAAAGUGAGAAGAGAGGUUCGUUCAUUUUCUCUCAAUCGUUUUUUCUCAGUUAUGAUUCGUUUAGUGAGAUUUUUUUUAAAUUUGGAUGUUUACCAACAUUCAACGUUUACAAAAAGUGACAGCAAGUUUGACGGCGUAUGACGCUUCUCCUGUGAGUGUAUUAGUGAGAGCGAAAUUCUUACUGAAAAUUCUUCGCGGAAAAGAACCGGCAGCAUUCAAGGCUGUAUAUCAUAGGUACUCGCGAUCUUGCUUUGCAUUAGUGUGAGUGCAUGACUCCGUGCCACUAAAACCAAAACAAUAACAAACGAACAAUGGACCGUGCCAGGAAAACCAAAACAUAAACAAUGUCAGUGUCAGUGGAGUGAGAGAGUCAGAGAUAACGAUUUUGACAACCGCACUACUACACACUCAAUCGCGAGUACCUUAGGUAGAAAGCCAUGGGCAGCAUUUUUGUAUGGCUUGACGUUUGCGGGGAGAGUCGAAAAAAUGUAAACAAAUCACUUCUCUCCAAUUCAAUAUUGCCCUCGCCGAGAGAGAAAUUCGGAAAAGAGAGCGAGAGAGAGCCGCUACUUUCUCAUGGUUUUUGGGAUAAAUUCUGCUCUCACGGACACAUUUGCAACUAAAACGUCAAACACUGGAAAAUGAGCGGCUUUUUUAUGCAGAAUUCCUUUGUUUGUAAACAAUGUGAAAAGAAUCAAAUAUGGUGAUGAAAAAUAUUAGAGACAUUCAUGAAAAUAUCUUUUACUUGAAAAAAUCUUUUCAUCGUGAUUUUGACAUUUUUCUUCAAUGAAAAAUUAGAUUUUCAGACAAUUCCAUCGCUGUUGACCUUUCAUAACCGAUGUUCGCUUUAUGAGCAAAAAUUGUUCACUUUUUGGAUUUUCUCUCAGUGAGUGCUCAUUGAAGUUUCUUUUGAUGAAGAUUGUUGUUGACAUUGCUCCAACGCUAAAGUUGAAACAUCAAAUUUCAUCGAGCCUUUGGACAAAAGUUUUGCUUUUGGGAAUUCGAAUUCACCAGUUUAGAAAAUUUUAAAUCUCCGACUGUUUUAACUUCAAUUUCAAUUCACCUCUCGUACGAAACUGAGUGUGGCGGCUGUGUUUACACUGGGCCCACGGCUAAUGGCACAAAUUAUCAAUUAACCAGCGCGUUAUCUCGCCGCCAUCGCCGACACAACUAGUGCUACAGCAUUUUUUUUCUAGGAGGGUCCUCAAGAUGAGGGGCCUCACACUAGAGAGCAACCAGUUGCUGUAACGAAGAAAGGAAAGAAGCAACCAGGUGUAACGCCUUUGCGAAUGACGAAUUAAGAUGUUGAGAUUGUGUGACACGUGGAGCAGUCGAGCAGCCACCCAAGUGGGCAAAUUGGGUCACACACAAAUUUGCACAACAAAAAUAAAGUUACCAUUUCACAGCGCGAUAAUGAAGUGCCUGCUCGAAGCAGUUGCAGCAAAUGUAAACGGGAGAUAGUAGUUAGUAUUCAGGUGUAAAAAGCCCGUUGAAAGUGUGAAUGUGAGUGCGAGUGCACCGUAUGAGAGUGUAUUAUAAUUAGGUAUUUAAUUAUUUCGAACCAACUCACGGACGAGCGUACGGGAGUGUCGCAUACCAUUUCGGAGUCCUGGCGAAGUGGCCGCAGACUGUGUGAGCGACUGCAUAUUUAUUAAAUCUGAAAUUAUUCAAACGAAUUGGUCCGUGGAAAGGGAAAACUGGCUGGAAUUGUAUGAAAUGUAAUAAACGAGACUUGGUACCGACGGGGUGUGUGGACACGACAAGCUCGCGAGUCACGAACUGUGUAUUUUGAGUAGGAAACUGUGUAAUUGGAAUAAAAUAUACGUUUACAGUAAAUAAAUAAAU